AUGGAUAACUCCAAAAACAGACUUAAUGAUAGUUUGGGUGUUAACAAAUUGGGUAAGAAUAUAAGGAAGAGCCCUUUACAUCAGCCUAAUUUUGGCAAUAAUGCUGCUAGACAACAGCCUCAGCCUCAGGUUUACAACAUAAGCAAGAAUGAUUUCCGAGAUAUUGUUCAGCAGCUUACCGGUUCCCCUUCUCAGGAUCAUCCACCUCGGCCUCCACACAAUCCGCCAAAACCGCAGAGUAUGCGUUUGCAGAAAAUUAGACCUCCACCGCUAUCGCCCAUCAAUCGACCUCGUUUGCCACCACCAAUGCCAAUGCCAAUGCCUGCAGCCCCUCCUCCAGUUCCUUACAAUAAUGCACCUAGACCGGCUCAUUAUGGACAAGGACAACCAUCACCCUCUCCUUUGACGCCUGGGGAUUUGUGGGCCAAUACAACUGAGUCGCCAAUCUCUGCUUACAUGCGUUAUCUUCAGAAUUCAAUGAUGGAUCCAGGUUCCAGGGGUAAUCAAUUUCAGCCUCAACCACAUCCACACCCUCAACACCAAUCACAUGGAAAUUUUCAGCAUCAACCUCCUUCGACUGCUUUGCUUCCUACUCCCCCCGUGCCCCCGAUCCCUUCUCCGAGAUUCAAUGGUCCUAUGCCACCAAUGAAUGGCCCUAAUCAUCCAAUGCCUAGUGUUCCUUCACCACAUGGAAAUGGCCCUCCACUUUUACCUUCUCCAACCUCUCAAUUCUUCAUGCCUUCUCCAACCGGUUACAUGAAUUUACUGUCCCCUCGGUCACCUUAUCCGCUACUGUCACCUGGCUUUCAUUUUCCACAGCCACUUACACCCAACUUUCCAUUCUCACCCAUGGCACAGCCAGGGGUUUUAGGUCCUGGCCCUCAACCACCGCCUUCUCCCGGCCUUAUGUUUCCAUUAUCUCCUUCAAGCUUUUUCACCAUGCCAAGUCCUAGGUGGAGAGAUCACUAG